UUCGAUGAAGUAGUUGUUAUCGGUUCCUCUGGAAGCGCGUUUCGUUCCACGAAGGAUCGGGUGGAACUCGACGCACGGAUGCGCGAAAGGCGUCGAGCUUUAAUUCGCGUUAGUUUGUUCUUCGAGUAGGCGAUUUCGAGUCCCGAUCAACGCGGAUCUCUGCUCCGGAAACCUCUCCAGAGCUUUCUCCCCUCGCGGAUAGAGCCAUUUUUCCAUCCGAGUGUUCUGUGGAAGGUCGGUAGAAUCCUCGCGGAAGUACUCGAAUCAAGUACGAGCAAGUGAGUGAAUGAUAACGCACUGCUGAUCGACGAAACGUAGGUUCGUUCAACUGGCGACGGUAGGAUGUCGAGCGAGAAGACGAAAUCCGUGAAGAAACAGGAAGUAAAAUGGGCGGCAGUGUUGUGGUACAUUCACCUGCACGUCCUUGGGAUCUACGCCAUCUGGCUCUUGAUCACUUCCGCCAAAUGGAUGACUGUAUUCUUCACGCUAUUCAUAACAGCCAUCGGUAGCCUCGGCGUGACCACGGCCCACAGGUAUUGGGCGCAUAGGACGUUCGAGGCAACAUCUUCUCUUAGACUGUUCCUCAUGUUGGCUCACACCCUCGCAGGAGUGGGACCGAUAUACGAUUGGGUACUGUACCACAGGCUUCAUCACAAGUAUCACGGAACCGAUAAGGAUCCUUUCAAUCACAAGAAAGGAUUCUUGUACAGUCACUACGUUGGCAAUUUUGUGUCGCCGAAUGUCGACUACGAACAGGCUAAAAUCGAGGUUGAUAUGCGCGACAUGGAGAUUGAUGGAUAUAUUUGGAUACAAAAGAAGUUCUACUGGCUACUGUUUGGAAUAAUCGGAUUGCUGUUGCCUCUGAAUGCGCCACUGGAGUACUGGGACGAGUCGCUGCCCACCAUCAUACUGACCGUUGGGAUACUACGAUUCGCUAUCACUACGAACAUGUCCUGGCUGGUGAACAGCGCGUUGAUGGUCUGGGGCGUCAAAGGGAGCAAAAUUCCACUGAACAACUUCACCGUCUUCUUCCUCAAGAGGUCCUAUUGGCCAGCGUAUCAUUACAUGGUGCCAUGGGAUUGGAAGAGCGGCGAAUUUGGCAAAUACGACGCGGGUUGCACUACAUUCUUCAUCAAAGUAUGGUACGAACUCGGUUUGGUCAAAAUGCUGCUGACGCCAUCCACCGAAGACGUCAGAGACAUGGUUCAUCAAUUGUCUGAGAAGAAAAUGUCCAUGGAAGAUGGAAUCGAGAAGCUCAAGGAGCUCGCCAUCUACAACGCGAAAUCGGAAGUCCUGCGUUAUCUGUAGGGAUGCCAGAAAUUUAGAUUACAUGCGAGACUCGUCGAAACUUAUCGCCUCUUUAUUGUAAGGCUCCUCGUACCGAUGUGGCGCGUUCGAUAUCAGUAGUGUGCCUAAAAACUUAGCAAGGGAAACUGAAAAUUAACAGAGACCAAUAUGUUACAAUAAUAUUCAACAUCUUAGAAAACGUUAUCGGAGAAGCAUUCUUGCAUUUACUUAUAUAAACAUAAUUCAAUACUUAAAUUGCUCCAAUCGCUUCAAUAUCAACCCCGCUAUCUCUGGGUGCGUCCCAUGCUCGAUGUCAACAUCGUUCUGGAAAUGAGAUUCUUGAUGGAGUCUCGGUACGAGAACGAGUUUUAAGAAUCGAUGAGUAGCUUAGAAUAUUUGCGAUUAAAUUGCAAUUCACCGGUGAGGUCAACGUGGAGCCUCCAUAGUGUUCCUAUCGCGAUUAGCGUGUCGAGUAAUGUUGCAACGAUAAAACUAUCAUGUUCGUUUCGCUUAUUACGAUAUCACUACGAAACCGUUGUAUCAGCGGCUGUCUGGAAACGUACCUUCAUUAAACUCCUGUUUAACUAUA